AUGGUACCCGUGUCAGGCAGGGACGUGUUACCAUGCCCUUUCUGCCAUUCGCUUGCCAGCGAUAGCGUUGCGCAUCGUGACGCUUGCGUGGCUGUGCAAUCCCUGCGCAACAACUUGUCUCCCGAGCAUGCUCGGUCUCCUACUAUACUCCUCCUCCUCCUCUUCCUCGCCUGCUCCCCCCUCCUCGUCGCGAGUGCCCUUGUUUUCCUUCCGAUCCUCCUGUUGUUCUCCUCGAGUGCACGUGCCCCCUUUUGCCUGCGUCUGCCGCAGCGCACCAGCUUGAGCGGGGCCGCGGGGGGCCAGCGCUGGCAGGGCUCGGGCGAUGUGCAGCCGAGCCAUCUUUGGCUCAAUACCCCAGAAGGGACACAUUCACAUUCUGUGCCGAGCUCGACAGAGCUUCCGCGGAUAUUCGGUCGCCCCUUGUGGGUGGUGGUCCUCUUUUCUUUUACUCGCCAGAUGAACCCCGACCAGAGGGGCAACGACGAAUUGUACGACAACGAUUCCGGCCCCUACGACGUCGCGGCGGGAGGCUUCGAGCACCUCACCGAGGGACAGGUGCCGCAGGUGCGGCCAGCGGCUCCAGAGCCCAGCCCACAAGGUCGCACAAGAGAGGAUCGGAUUCCUCGGAGGGCGAGCCGGCGCCCUUCGGCGCGCAGCAGCGGGGGCGCAUCACCGAGGACGGCCUCCCGUGGCGUGGCAGGCAGGCGCGGCCCGAGGGCGGCAGCGACGCCCGGCUGGCUGGCGGCGACCAUGGCCGAGGCAGAGGCGACGGCGCGCGCGCGGCGUGCGCGGCCUCCGAGGACUCGUGGGUGA